AACAACAUGUAGGAAACUUCCAAUUUGUUGCCAUUUCAUCCAAAUUUCUAAAUGACUAAUGGCGGAGCGGACUUAUAAAGGUGUUCCCAUUGACUGGCGCCUUCCUUAUUCAAGCUGCAACUUGUAGUAACUAGCCUACUUCCAAUCAAUGACCUUAAACCCAAACCCAAAUCCAAACCCAAAUAAUACUCUGCAAAAACUCUUCCCUUGUUAUUUUCAAGCUUCCCAAAUUUUCUCUUGUAUUUCAUUCUAGCUCUCAAAAUCUCGCCAAACACAAAUAAAACCUUCUCAAAAUUUCCCUUUUCCACGAACUGGAAAACCCAUCAAAAUUUUUGUGGGAUUUCACACCUUUUGUUACUUUCUUAUUAGGUCAACGUAUAUUUCUGUAAGUCAAGCGGCUCCAAAGUUAGGACUCUGUUGUUAUUGUUAUCAUUACUGUAUUAUGAGUGUGAGUUUAUGAAAACAGUAUGAGGAAUUUGGGUGCUUGAUGGAGCGAAAGAUGUGGGCGAUCGGGCGGUUGGCUUUUUUCCGGUUGAUUUUGCUGUUUCAUUUUGUUUUCAGAGUUGCUGGUAAUGCUGAAGGCGAUGCCUUGAACGCAUUGAAGACCAAUUUAGUUGAUCCUAACAACGUUCUACAAAGUUGGGAUCCUACCCUUGUCAAUCCCUGCACUUGGUUUCAUGUUACCUGCAACAGUGAAAAUAGUGUUACCCGAGUUGACCUUGGAAAUGCAAAUUUGACGGGUCAACUCGUUUCACAACUUGGUCAGCUUUCAAAUUUGCAAUACUUGGAACUUUAUAGUAAUAACAUAAGCGGAACAAUUCCGGAUGAGCUUGGGAAUUUGACGAACUUGGUGAGCUUGGAUCUUUACUUGAACUAUUUAAAUGGUCCAAUUCCGGUGACGUUGGGCAAGCUUCAAAGACUCCGUUUCCUGCGUCUGAACAACAACAGCUUGUCGGGAACAAUUCCUAUGCCUUUGACUACCAUUGCAUCCUUGCAAGUCCUGGAUCUUUCAAGCAAUAAACUUACAGGAGAUGUUCCUGUCAAUGGUUCCUUUUCCUUGUUCACUCCCAUCAGUUUUAAAAAUAAUCUACUCAACAAUCCUCCUCCUUCCCCACCUCCUCCUUUGCCUCCAUCGACACCUACUUCUAGUGGUAACAGUGCUACUGGAGCUAUUGCUGGGGGAGUUGCUGCUGGAGCUGCUCUGCUGUUUGCUGCCCCUGCCAUUGCUAUUGCUUAUUGGCGGCGAAGAAAACCACAGGAUCAUUUCUUUGAUGUACCUGCUGAAGAGGACCCAGAGGUCCAUCUUGGACAGCUUAAAAGGUUUUCUCUGCGUGAAUUACAAGUUGCAACAGAUUAUUUUAGCAACAAAAACAUUUUGGGUAGGGGUGGAUUUGGAAAGGUAUAUAAAGGACGCUUAGCUGAUGGUUCUCUAGUGGCAGUAAAAAGACUGAAAGAGGAGCGUACACAGGGUGGAGAGCUGCAGUUCCAAACAGAAGUAGAAAUGAUCAGCAUGGCUGUACAUAGGAAUUUGCUUCGUCUACGUGGCUUUUGCAUGACUCCUACAGAACGAUUACUUGUCUAUCCAUUUAUGGUCAAUGGAAGUGUAGCUUCAUGUUUAAGAGAGCGUCAGGAGUCACAACCCCCACUUGAUUGGCCGAAACGGAAGCAAAUUGCAUUAGGUGCUGCUCGAGGACUGGCUUAUUUGCAUGAUCAUUGUGAUCCUAAGAUUAUUCAUCGUGAUGUCAAAGCUGCAAAUAUAUUGUUGGAUGAAGAAUUUGAAGCAGUUGUUGGAGACUUUGGAUUGGCUAAACUCAUGGACUACAAAGACACUCACGUUACCACUGCAGUUCGUGGCACAAUUGGGCAUAUAGCCCCUGAGUACCUAUCUACUGGAAAGUCUUCUGAGAAGACUGAUGUUUUUGGGUAUGGUGUCAUGCUUCUUGAACUGAUCACCGGACAGAGGGCUUUCGAUCUUGCUCGCCUUGCAAAUGAUGAUGAUGUGAUGUUGCUUGAUUGGGUGAAAGGGCUUCUGAAAGAAAAGAGACUGGAGACAUUAGUUGAUGGUGAUCUACAGGGCAAUUAUGAUAAUGAUGAGGUGGAGCAGUUGAUUCAAGUGGCUUUGCUGUGCACACAAAGUUCCCCAAUGGAAAGACCCAAGAUGUCUGAAGUGGUAAGAAUGUUGGAAGGUGAUGGAUUGGCAGAAAGAUGGGAGGAGUGGCAGAAAGAGGAGAUAAUCCGACAAGAAUUUAAUCACGCCCACCACCCGAACACAAAUUGGAUCGUCGAUUCCACAUCCCACAUCCCUCCAGAUGAGUUGUCUGGUCCUAGAUGAUCCCAUCUAAUUCAUUGAAAGUCUUGUGGAGGCCCAUUUAGUGUCUAAAGCUGAUAUUUACACAUUUGUGCAUAAUAGUUUUUCCUUUUGGGUUAUUUUCAGUGUCUAGUUUAUAUCACAUGUUGAAAUUGAUCGAUGAUUCUGCACUUUCUAUAGGGCGUUCUUAAAAUUCAGGUUCUAGCAAGCACGGCAGGAGGGGCCAUGGAAGCACCUACUAUAUAAUUUUUAUGUAUUCAUAAGUUAGUGGAGAUUGUUACACAAAUAAAUACAUUUAUAUUUUCUUCGGUCAUUAAUAUAUGCUAUUGAACAACUUCAUCAAA